UUCCCUCCCUAAGCUUCUCAAAUGAUCCAAAGCAGUUUGCUUACAAACAGGGUAGAAGUACUUUGGAUGCUGCUGCUGUGUUUCAUCACAACAUUGUAUCCUCCUUAGACAAAGGGGCCAAGUAUGUCCGUUGUACUUUCCUUGAUUACACAUCUGCUUUUGACUCUGUACCUAGAGGCCUUUUGUUAAACAAGCUUAGCCUUACACAAACUGAGUCCUGGGCUAUCAACUGGCUGCACUCUUACUUCUCCAAUAGGAUGCAGUACACGGUAUAUAAUGGUGUAGCUUCCUCUCCUUUGCUUACUGAAGCUGGUGUUCCUCAGGGUGCUGUUCUCUCGCCGUUUCUCUUUUCCUUCUUCUUACAUGACUUACCUCUCUCAGACGAAAUCAACUUCGUCAAAUAUGCAGAUGACCUGACUGUUUCGCUUCCCGUUAAGUCUCAGUCAGACUGCUUCAAAUUAAAUAGCUUCCUGUCGGACAUCAGUCAGUGGUCUAAAAUAAAUGGCCUAACGCUGAAUCCCUCAAAAUGCCAGACUGUCGACUUCUCCUUUAGGCAUAAACGAGAUCUACAAACACUAGUAAGCACUCAUGAUGUCUGUAGAAUCGAGGGGACUAUAAUUGAAACAAAGUCUAAUGCAAAAUACCUCGGAUUAGUUAUAUCUUCCGACCUUACUUGGUCAUCUCAUAUCCAAAUGAUUUCCAAGAAAGUGUUUCGUCUAACCUACUACAUUAAGAAACUCAGACUAACUGGAGUCCCUCAACCUCUGCUUACACAAUUUGUCAACUCUCGUAUCCUACCUAUUCUACUUUACUGUUCCCCGUUAGUCUUUCCUGGGUUACUGAAAAAGGAUUAUACCAUCCUGAGAAGGAUGUUGAAGGUAGUUAGUAGGACUAGCGGUGUAAAACUCAGUCAGCUCGUCACAACAUUAGUGGAUAAGCAUCUGAAUACAUGUGAGAAAUGGUCUAAAACCAUACUCUCUGACCCCCAACACCCCCUCUAUUCCCAACUCUCUCCCUGCAUCUCAUCAGGUAGAACCAGAAAUCAGUAUAAAAUAAUAUAUGCUCGCACAACCAAGUAUAGGAACUCAACGAUACCAUAUUUGGCCCGUGUUCUAAGUGACAGAGACAAUGUUAGGCGUGAAACCUAUGACUUGCUUUGUUGUUAAUAACAUAAUUUUGGCCCUUGUUUUUUCCCCCUUACACUCUCUUAUUUGUACUCUAUAGUGAACAACCUUCUUAAACAUACUUAGCUGCUUAAAAUUAUUAUCAUUGGCUUACAUUUUUAUUCUUUAUUCUAUUCCUUCUUUGUACAUCUACUGGGUCCGACUAUAUUAUCACUAUGAUUAUUAAAAAUUGUCCCGUCAUUAACCAUCAUGUAACAUUAGUUUUGUGGUUGUUCUUUGUUCGGCACUAUUUAACUGACAAUCUUGUUUGUUAUUGCCACUAUCACCAUCUUAAAAAAUUUUGUAUUAUGCAUGAUUCCUCACACUGCCACUACAAACAACCGCAUUAGUACUGACAAAAAAAAAACAACCUGAAAUGUUUAUCUUAUGAUUGCUUAGUGUUGUUCAAUCAAAUUAACUGAUCAUCUUGGCUAUAAACAUUUUUUAAGAACAUCUCAUAAUUUCCCGUAUGAUUAUAGCUGUUACUGUUCACCACGCAUACACAU